AUGACGUGCUCAAAAUGGGUACUCUACGGAGCACUGCUAACUGGUCUCGCUCUCUUUCAACUCAUCAGGUUGACAUUUCGAGCUGGCCUCCGACAUAUCCCUGGGCCAUGGCUCGCUAGAUACACGACCUUGUAUCGGCUAAGUCUCGUUUAUAAAGGCGAUUCCCCUCGGCAGUAUCAACUGUUACACGAAAAGUAUGGCCCUAUUGUGCGCACAGGACCGAAUCAUGUCUCGACCUCAGAUCCCGCUAUGAUACCCGUUGUAUACGGCAUAGGAAAGAACUUUCAAAAGACCCCCUUUUACACAACAAUGUCCUUGAUGUACCAAGGACGGCGAAUGGACAGCAUGUUCACGGAACGGAACCCUAAAAUACAUAAGGCGUUAAAAGGCUCAGUGGCGCAGAUAUUCUCCAUGACAAACAUGCGAAAUUUCGAGGUUUAUGCCGAUGAAUGUAGCGCCAUCUUCCUAGAUGCGAUGCGCGAUCUCGAAGGGCAGAGGUUAGAUUUGGCACAUUGGCUACAGUGGUAUGCCUUUGAUGUUAUCGGUAGCAUCACAUUUCAACGACGAUUCGGUUUCUUAGAGAGAAGGCAUGAUGUUGACGAAAUGAUCAGCAAGAUCAACCACGGCCUCGAAUUAGUCAAGAACAUUGGGCAGUCCGAAUGGUUGGUUGCACUGUUCGACGGAUUGUAUGCCAAUUCCUGGAUCAGGGAAAACUACUGGCCUGACACAAUGGAUAAGUUCUUGAAAAUUACCGAGAAAGAACUAGAUAAAUAUGAUCGCAGUCCAAAAGAAUCUUCCAGGACAGACUUUCUAUCUCAGCUACGAGAAAAGCAGGACAAGACUGGCAAAGUAACCCACAGAGAUAUGAUAAAUCAUCUCUCGAACAAUCUUCUCGCGGGAAGUGAUACCACAGGCAUAUCCCUGCGUGCUGUAGUUUAUUUCGUCAUCAGAACUCCACGGGUCUACGACAAACUGCAAAGAGAAAUUGAUGAGGCUGAUCAGGCCGACCAGCUCUCUGAGUAUGUGACAUAUCAAGAGUCGUUGGAACUGCCAUACUUUCAAGCUACAUUGAAAGAGGCUAUGCGGAUGCAUCCUGCCGUAGGGUUCCCUUUGGAGAGAUAUGUACCUGAAGAAGGUGCAGAAGUCUGUGGCUACAAUCUUCCAGCCGGCACUAAUAUCAGCACUUCGGCGCCAUUGAUGCAUAUGAACAAAGACGUUUUUGGUAACGACGCGCAGAUAUUUCGACCUGAAAGAUGGCUGGAGGCUUCCCCCGAGCAGCUGAGUCUCAUGGAUCGCACCUUUAUUGCUGUACGUAAUCUCACGUAUUGA